AUCUAAAAUUAAAGAUAAUUAUUAAAUUUUUAUAAAUUUAUGUGUGUUUUGGUUUCAGCUUCCGAACCAGAAAGCAAUGGGUUCAUAGAAAUUGUAGCUACUCUCGCUGCAUUUCUCUUCAUGCUGAUAACAUUUCCCAUAUCAGUUUUUAUGAUAUUCAAGGUCGUUCAAGAAUAUGAAAGAGCUGUCAUAUUUCGCCUUGGACGUUUGAGAUCAGGAGGAGCCAGAGGUCCUGGAAUAUUCUUUGUUUUACCAUGCAUUGAUGUCUAUACCAAAGUUGAUUUGCGUACAGUGUCCUUUGAUGUUCCACCUCAGGAGGUUCUUACAAAGGACUCUUGUACUGUCACUGUUGAUGCUGUUGUUUACUUUUCAAUUGACGAUCCUUUGAAGAGUGUUGUAUCAGUGGAAAAUUAUAACCACUCUACUCGACUUUUGGCAGCCACAACCUUGAGGAAUGUCUUGGGAACCAGGAAUCUGUCUGAAAUAUUAUCUGAGAGGGAAACUAUUUCGCACACAAUGCAGUCUGCAUUGGAUAUCGCUACGGAGCCAUGGGGAGUUAAAGUGGAGAGAGUUGAAAUAAAGGAUGUUCGACUGCCAGUGCAGAUGCAGAGAGCCAUGGCUGCAGAAGCUGAGGCUACCAGAGAAGCUAGGGCCAAGGUUAUCGCUGCUGAUGGAGAAAUGAGGGCUGCCAGAUCAUUGAAGGAAGCAUCUGAUGUGAUUGCUGAAAGCCCAGCUGCUCUACAGCUUCGCUACUUGCAGACACUGAACACCAUUUCAGCUGAAAAGAACUCAACCAUUAUUUUCCCACUUCCAAUGGAUCUUAUCACUCCCUUCAUGAGUUUAAUAAAGAAAUGA